CGCUGCCUUCGCAUAGAGAGAGAGAGAGAGAGAGCAACGCGAGAGACAUGCAGCACAGCUGUCUUUAAUUCUUUCUUUUAUCGCUUUCGCCCAUCUGUCAGCUUGGGUCGCGUCUGCCGCAUAGCGAGCGAGCAUAUAAUUUUUCCCUUUUCACUGUUCGCUUGCUGGUACUGCCCUGGAACACGGACAACAGCCUGCUUGAACACAUCGACGCUUUCCCUCACCGCUUUGCCUAGGACCCGACAUAGCUACCCAGGCAUACAGACUUUUGCACCGCCAGAUCCCUGUCGGAUCUCUCUCGCCCGCCCACCACCACCACCACCGCGAUUGCUAUCGAGCCGGCAGUGUUUAUGGUCCGCCGAGAAUGAUGGUGGCAAAGGGCGUCGACAUGGAGGCGCUGUCCCCGCGGGACGCUAAUGCCCAGCGCCCGCAGAGGGCGAACGAUGUCAAGAACAAGGCCACGGCCCAGCUCAAGGCCAACAAGGAGAAGGAGCACCCGCCACCACCUCCGCCGCACGUCGCCGAGCCCCCGAGCGCCGAGUGCAGAGAUGGCAUGGUCUACCAGGUCGGCAAGCUGCUCGGAAAGGGCGGCUUCGCUGUUUGCUACGAGGGCCAGCCCGCCGGCACGCGCAAACGCUACGCCCUCAAGAUCGUCAAGAGUGAGAUGCCGCGUAAGAUGGAGCAGAAGUUCCAGACGGAACUGCAGAUCCACUCUAAGAUGAGGCACCAGAACAUUGUGCAGUUCCACCGCGCCUUCUCCUUCGAGAGCAGUACCUACCUCGUCCUUGAGCUGUGCCCCAACGGCUCGCUGAUGGACAUGGUUAAGCGCCGCAAGGGCGUGACCGAGGCCGAGGUGCGCUUCUACUCGGUUCAGAUCGCCGGCGCCAUCAAGUAUAUGCAUUCCAAGGGCAUCAUCCACCGCGACCUCAAGAUGGGCAACAUCUUCCUCGACAAGCAGAUGAACGCCAAGAUCGGCGACUUUGGUCUAGCCGCCCUCCUGGUUACCGGCAAGGACAUGCAGACCAUCCGCCGCACCACGCUGUGUGGAACCCCCAACUACAUCGCCCCCGAGAUUCUGGAGAAGGGUCGCAAGGGGCACGACCACAACGUGGACAUCUGGAGUCUUGGCGUCAUCGUCUUUGCCAUGCUCACGUCCAAGCCACCCUUCCAGUCCACCACCACGGACGAGAUCUACCGCCGCGCCCGCGACCGGGACUACGAGUGGCCGAGCAGGGAGACCUCGAGCAAGAUCAUUAGUCAGGAGGCUAAGAACCUUGUGGCUGACAUGCUGCAGGAAGCCGACAGGAGGCCGGACCCGGACCAGAUCAUCCAGCACCCCUUCUUCCGCUGUGGCUACAUGCCGCUUCCAGAAGACAUGAGCCCAAGGCUUCGGGAAUACCCCCCUGAGCAGGAGCGCUUCUACAACUUUCCCAGGAGCGAGAUGGAGGAGGUUGAAAACCUGCGCAACUUCAAGGAAAUGUGCAACGCCUGCGAAGUCGGGCCUUUGUGCGAAACCCGACGUGUCCACCGCCCUAUCUGGAAGGAAAUGGCGGGUGAGGAACAGGCCGGGCUGACACCCAUCAUCCCCCUGGCUGAAGGUAUUGUCUACAGGCCAUUCGAGGAGGCAGCCAAGGACGCACGAGCUAAGCAGCGGUUCUUGCCGCUGACCUCUGCCUCGUCCGUCACGGCACCUCUGGACGAGGUCAGCCCCCUGGCACGCAACCCAAUAACGGGCGCGACGGCUGCUCGCACAGCCCCUCCCCAAAGCUUUGCGGCACAGCAGAGGGCUCAGAAUAGGCCGGCAAAGACGGUCACCUCGGCCACCGCUACCGUGACCGUGCAGGAGGCUCAGGAGGCCCCCGCAAGGCAUUCGGCUGCUGCCCGCAGCAGGGCGAAGAGGGAAGCAGAGGAAGCUGCUGCUGCGACGGCGAGCCUGACGGACAGGCUCGGGCAAAUGACUCUGUCCCGAUCUCAAAGCGCCAGGUCGGUGGAGGCUCGCGAGCAUGCGGGGACCGUGAGGGCACGUACGGCAAGGACACAGCUUCCGACCAGCCGGACGGAGCCUGCGCUGCGCAGGGCGGCUAGUAACCCGACGCGUCCGCAGACGGCUGUAGCCCGGCGAGACGGCGUGGCGACGAUAUCAGGCGGAGCACUACCUGCACCACCACCACCACCACCCACCAUGACGAGCAUCUUCAGCCCCUCAGAGCCCGUCGAGUCGGUCCCGAGCAUGAAGCCCGACGUUGUUCUGGAGCGGCUCCACAAGCUCCAGGCCGAGCUCGAGAGGGCGCUGAACUCGCGAACGACGGCAUUUGUCUCGACCAAGGAGAAAGCGCCGGUCACGCCACAGAUUGUGGUCAAAUGGGUCGACUAUACCAAUAAAUUUGGUCUGGGAUACGUCCUCAGUGACGGUGGCAUAGGAUGCAUCCUCCGACAAAUGCCCGUCGACAAUGGCGAGAGGACGGAAAUAAUCCCUCCCACCUGCUUUCUUGUCCACGAAGGCGAGAACCACUUUAUCCGCCGUAGGGACCCUGCCUACCCCGACAGACUCCAGGCCGUGCCCAUGACGAGGAGCAUACCCUUUUACGAGCACAACGGGGAGCAGGGCUUCUCUACCCUGAACGUCAGCCCUGAAAGCUUCCGGGUCGAGCUCACGGGCGACGGCGAGGCGGCCAAGAUGACGUACGGCAAGAACAUCUGGGAACACCGCAGACGUGAAAGGAUUGUGCUGUGGAAGAAGUUCGCCAACUACAUGCUCACCUACAGCCGCGACUUCGAUCCGGAGCUGAUGCCGACCCGGACGGCGGACCCGGCCGAUGACGGCAAGGAUGUCGUCAUGUUCUACCAGCGGUUCGGCGAUGUGGGCUGCUGGCUCUUUGGCGACGGGCACAUGCAGUUCAACUUCCCCGACCACACCAAGAUCGUAGUGGACGCGACGGGCACGUGGUGCCACCUCUGGCACCUCACUGAGGAGGCGGCGCACCGGCUAGCCAACGAGGGCACGCUGGACGAGACGUCGCUCGACCAGCGGACGGUGCUCUCGUACCCGCUGCAGACGCUGCUCAACUUCAACGUGUCGUCGGCCAAGACGGUGCGGGCCGGUAACCCGUCGUGGCGGCGUCCCGAGAUCGCGCCCGAGCUGCGCAACAUCCCCGCGGCCAACGACUUCCGCCGCAAGAUCGAGUUCAUGCGCACCGUCGUGCGCGAGUGGAUCGGCGGCGGUGGCGUCGGCACAGGGGACCGCUCGCCCGAGGGCCGCCUGCGCUGGAGGGGCCACCGCAUGACGGAGAGGGCCCAGCCCUCGCCCGGAGCCCCGCCCGGCAUGCAGAAGCACGUCUGGGUCACCAUAGGCGCCCUCCGCGGCGACUACCGCGCCACCGCCUGGUUCGACCCAAAGAACCCCGACGACAUCAAGCCCGACCUUGACGAGGCCGCCAUUCCCCGCCAGUCGAACCGGACUGCGUGAUUCUGUUAGCUCGCGUCUGUUGAACUUGAAUCUCUCACGCCUUGAUUCUUGGUUUAUCUCCCCCUUCAUUUUAUAUACCACUUCUCGUCAUCAUACCUUACCCCUGUUGUUGUUGAUGCAGGGAGAACGAGUCACGGCAAACAACAAAAAAAAAUUGGCAUAUUCGUUGCUCUUGUAGCAAUGAAGUUUCUUGAUCUUGAUCUGUUGGUGCCCCGGGGUUUCUGCUUUUCGUUUUCAUGAUUCCGCUCCAAGUCAUGGUUCUCGGGAACCGCAAAUUCAAGCUUUUGUUUCCUCGGCGUUUGUAUGGGUUUGCUUCCGGGAGGGCAUUUUUUUCUUCUUCUUUCAGCUUACGUUUCUUGACCUUUUCCUCUUUAUUCCCCGCGGGCUGAUGGCUAUCCCGCCAAUCAUCCUCUUCACGCCUUGAUGACGGCUGGUUUUGAUUGCAUGGCGCAUCAUCGUUUUGCUUAUUCUUCUUAUCUACUUUCCCUGAUCUUUUCCACAAGGGGGGGGGCCUCAUGGGAAGCCGGCGGGGAAAGCCUGUCGUGACUAUUUGUAAUACUUUCCCUGUUUUUGUACUCGGCCUCUUUUUUUCUUCUCACUUAUCCGCUUCAAUACUCUACAAGGCAUUCAUCAACUUUUCUUCUUCUUCUCUGCUCCAUGAUCUACGGCAUUUCGGUUCUUGUGGUGCGUAAUGCGUAAUCCGUGGUGCACGGCGUGGGGGUGCGAGAUGCCAUCAUGGUGAAAAGUGUAUGUACAAUGUAGUGCGCCAUACAUAAUCAAGGAAGAAGCGACUGUCAAAAGGACGUGGACCACCCUUUCCAAAAGACGAAGCUCGCUUCCCGAGAUCAACGCAAAUGGUAUCUAUCGUUCAUAUUUCAACA